GCUCUUCCCCGCGGUUCAACCUUUGUAAUAUUCUGUUAGCCGCCAUUUUGAGGUAGACUGCAGGUAGAUGUUGCUUUGUCAUUUAGCCUUGAAUAGAAGUCCGGAUUGAACUGAAGCUGAACGGAGAAGAAGCCAUUUCGGUGCUGCGGUAAUGGCGACUGGAGCGAACGCCACUCCUCUGGGGAAACUGCACCCCAGCAUCGGCGCUAAACGGGGAUUUGAUGCGGGGCCUGGUGCGGGCAAUGGGCUGAUGCCCGCGCCGGGGCCGACCGCCUCCUUCCCCGCGAUGCCGGGCUUCCAGCCCGCGAUGCCGAGCGCCCCAUUUGCCCAGUUCAAUCCAGUCGGCAAUUUUCAGACCCCCGCUCAACCAGCCGCCGUGUCCGGGAUGAGCAAGAGUGAUUUCGGAAAGAAAAGAAAGAAAAGCAGAUGGAGCAGUGAAACCCCCGAUCAGAAGACGAUCAUUCCCGGAAUGCCUACCGUCAUUCCUCCUGGACUCACCCGGGAUCAAGAGAGAGCUUACAUAGUCCAACUGCAGAUUGAAGACCUGACUCGUAAACUGCGUACAGGAGACCUGGGAAUCCCUGUUAACCCUGAGGACAGGUCCCCCUCUCCAGAGCCCAUUUAUAACAGCGAGGGCAAACGGCUAAACACCCGUGAGUAUCGCACGCGGAAGAAGAUCGAGGAGGAGCGCCAUGCCCUCAUCACUGAAAUGAUCGGACUGAACCCUGACUUCAAGCCUCCUGCAGACUACAAGCCUCCAGCCACCCGAGUCAGCGAUAAAGUCAUGAUCCCGCAAGAUGAAUACCCCGAAAUCAACUUUGUUGGGCUGCUGAUUGGACCACGAGGAAAUACGCUGAAGAACAUCGAGAAAGAAUGCUGUGCCAAGAUCAUGAUCAGAGGGAAGGGUUCGGUGAAAGAAGGGAAGGUCGGGCGAAAGGAUGGCCAGAUGCUGCCCGGAGAGGACGAGCCUCUGCACGCCUUGGUCACGGCCAACACCAUGGAAAAUGUCAAGAAGGCUGUGGAGCAGAUCCGAAACAUCCUCAAGCAAGGAAUCGAGACGCCUGAGGACCAAAACGACCUACGCAAGAUGCAGCUGAGGGAGCUGGCCAGACUCAACGGCACUCUCAGAGAAGACGACAACAGGAUUCUUCGUCCUUGGCAGAACUCGGAGCCACGCAGCAUCACCAACACCACCCUUUGCACAAAGUGUGGUGGAGCCGGUCACAUCUCUUCUGACUGCAAGUACACCAGCACCUUCGCUGCCCACAGAGCCACAGGCGGGGAGCCCCCCCAGUCAGCGCAGGACAAGGCUCGUAUGGACAAAGAAUACCUGUCCCUCAUGGCUGAGCUGGGGGAGGCCCCCGUCCCCAGCUCUGGCGGGGGACACUCCAACUCUCAGUCAGGAUCUCGGAAUUCCGGCCCCAACAGCAACCAGGCGAUGAACCGCCCCCCCUGGAUGAGCUCUGGCCCCUCAGAGAACAGGAACUACUCUGCUGUUCAGGGAGGUCCCGCUGGACCCCACGGCUUCCCUCCCCCGAUGCCUAGCAUGGGAGGACCACCGCUUCCUCCCAAUCCUAACGGAAUGCCCCCACCCUGGAUGCAGCCGCCCCCACCUCCCAUGGGCCAGGGACCCCAUGGACACCCCAUGGGUAGGAGCUUUCAUUGCCCAGAAGACGCACAAUGUAUGAUGCCACCUCCAAUGGGUAUGAUGCCACCACCUCCUCCACCCCCCAGCAGCCAGCCCCCUCCACCACCCUCCGCUCCCUUGCCACCAUGGCAACAACAGGCUCCGCCCCCUCCUCCUACAAGCAGCAUGGCAACAAGUACACCGCUGCCGUGGCAGCAGAACACCACCACCACCACCUCCAGCACCGGCACGCUGCCUCCAUGGCAGCAGCCCCAACAGCCUUCUGUGUCUGCAGCUCAGCCCCCUCUGCCCAUCGGAACCGCAUCCAUGGUGCCGCCUCCUCCCGGGGUCCAGCCCCCCUUGCCCCCAGGCGCCCCUCCGCCGCCACCCCCACCACCUCCGGGCUCCACCAGCAUGAUGUAUGUUCCGCCGCCCCCUCCGCCACCCAUGGACCCUUCCAAUUUUGUUACCAUGAUGGGGAUGGGAGUUCCGGGCAUGCCACCCUUUGGGAUGCCCCCCGCCCCUCCUCCUCCUCCCCCACAGAAUUAAUUCUCAAUUGCAGUUGCCCGACAGCCCCCCCCUCCAUCACAUGAUUCGGUCCGGCUGAUUGACGCUACAGUCCACAGAGGAGUGGUUUCCAGCUGUGAGCGGCUGCAUCCGUUCUGCUGCUGCAGCGCCGCGGUUGUCAUGGAAACCCGCCCCCCCUUCAUGGUUUCUGUGCUCCAAUGAAUCUGAACAUUUUAGUUUGAGGUCCCAGCUGAAGCUGCAUGAUCCGAGCUCAGUCUGGUCCGCUGUUUUCCCGCCCUUCUCUGUUUUCCCGCCUUCAAUCAGAUGAAUAUUUUUGUAACAGUGAGACGAUCGGUGACACGGAUCUUAGCUCAGUCCAAAACGCUCCGUGUUGUAACUCAUUUCCCUGUUGGUUGCUUAGCUCUAGACUAUAAUUGCUGUUUCCUGCUCUUCUUUUCACUGCAUCUGCGUUCAGAAACGCAGAGACGGAACGGCGUUUGUGUGGCUUUGAGAAGAUUCUGUUCUGUUCUUUCUUAGACGGACGUCAACAGAGCAUCUUGUCUUUUUCCUUGUUUGUGGAUUUGUCUCUGACCUCAAUAAAAAUAUAAUUCUUGGUUUGGUAAUAAACUGAUCAGUAAGCUUC